GCGCAAAAAGCGCUGCUGCUCGCGGGCUCGCCGGGAACCGGCAAGACGAGCACCGCGUACUCUGCGGCGGCGCACGCGGACUACCACGUGCUCGAAUUCAACGCGAGCGACGCUCGCAGCCAGUCGCGGCUGCGGCAGCUGCGCGACCUGGUGACGGGCAUUUCGAUUGGGCGCAAUUCGCUGGUGCGCCAAAAGCUGCUGAUUCUGAUGGACGAGGUCGACGGCAUGAGCAGCGGCGACCGCGGCGGCGUCGCAGAGCUCUGCACGCUGAUUCAGCUGAGCCGGCACCCGAUUCUGCUGACCUGCAACGACUGCAACUCGUUGAAGAUGCGGCCGCUGCUCGUGUACGUGGUUGUCAAGCAGCUCUUCUCGGAAGCCGCCGCGUUGACGCCGGCGCGCGCGGCAAGCUACUACUUCACGGACUACAGCGUGAUGCCGCUGUUCGUGGAGGAGAACGGG